GGUGACCCAUUGAUCUGCGGUCAAGGAAACAUUUUUAGUGGCGAUUUACGAGAGGAAAAGAAAAAUACCUAUGAAGCUCAUUCAAUCAAUAAAUAAAUUCCUCAAAGAAAAAUAGAAAUUGAACUCUCCCUUUGUAAACCUAAAACCCCUUUUCUACAGAAGCGAGAAAGGGUUUAUCUACCUAUGAAGCUCAUUCAAUCAAUAAUUGUUCAACAUGGAAGAUCAUCAUUAGUUAGACUGAUCGGUGUUAGAAACUUCUCCGCUGCUGCUACACCUGAACAAUAUGAUAGAAGAAACUACGCCAUUAAUCUUGCUGAAUACAACACUGUCUUCUCUUCGUUAACUUCUCAGAGAAAGGCGUUUUUGUUGAGAGAUGCAUAUAACGAUAUGCUACUGGAUGGUAUACAGCCAUCAAGAGAAUCAUUUCAUUCGUUGAUUAUUGGGUCAAUGAAAGGAGCGAGGUUGCAAGAUGCUUUCUAUUUUAGAGAUCAGAUGAAAGCUAUGGGUUUAGUCCCAGACGUUGCUUUAUACAAUUUCUUAAUCUCAUUAUGCGGGAAAUGCGGGAAUUCUGAGCCUGCAAUCCGAAUAUUGGAAGAAAUGAAGAUUAAUAAUGUCAAACUAAAUGGGCAAACAUUUAUUUGUCUACUAAACACAUGUGCAUCAAGCGGCCGAAUAGAUCAAGUGAAAGGUAUUGUCCGUGAUAUGACUGCAGCUGGUCUUGCUUUGAACAAGUACUGCUACGCUGGACUUGUAACAGCACAUAAAAACAAGAAACCUGUAACAGACAAGACCAUUGCUAAAAUUAUCGAGCUUGUGGAGCAGUCAAAAGGUGCACGGUCAUCUAUGGAAUCGUCGAGUACCUCCGCAGAGAACCAGAUGAAUAACAUUUCUGAGGAAGAGUUAUACAACAUUCCUACUUCUGAUUUUGUUAAUAGGGGAGGAUUCCUGUUUAAGCCACUAACAGUUUAUCAUGUUGCACUUCAUGCAUGCGCUGAUCUUAAGAAUAAACAGGCAAUGGAGACCAUUCUGGAAAUGCUCAAGAAGGAUGGAAAAGAUCGUGAUGGCUAUAUUACAAUGCAGGCAGUGAGGUGCUACAUGAACUGUGGAGACUUCGAUGCUGGUGUUAAGGCAUUUGAGGACCAUAUCAGCUCUAAAAUGCCCGCUAUAGAACUCUAUGUGACACUAACUGAGGGAGCCAUGAUUGGACAUACCCCAAAAGGGAUGCAACUUGCUACAGAGACACUGGAAAAGAUGAAUGCUAGAAAUUUCUUCUUGAACUCAAAGAUGGGAAGUGAGCUUCUUUUUGCAGCCUCUGGCGAAAAGACGGGAGGAUAUGCCACUGCAAAUUACAUUUGGGAUCUGAUGCAAGCUCGCCAAGUGUAUGUUAACCUCCCUGCUGUUGAAGCAUAUCACAAAGGUUUAAAAGACCGAGAAAUACCCGCAGAUGACCCAAGACUGAUGCUCGUUGCUAGGACUUUGGACAAUCUGCGGUCUGAAAGGGAAAGAAACCCGCCACGAGGAGGAUAAAUAUGUUUGUGCUAGCUAGUAGAAUUUUCUUAUUCUUUUUGGUCUGACGGUGCUGCUAUUUGGAAAGUGACUAAAUAAUUUAAACUAAAGAAUCAGGUAAUGCGAUAUGUAUGAAGGCUGUUUUCUAAAUUAUCCAUUUUCCAUUUCCUCCUUUGGAACAGUUGAAGCCUUCUUGGAGAGGCAUUUUUACAGUUUUAUGUUUUCCGAGAUAAAAUAUCAUUGAUUUUGCACAUCAAUGAUCCGUUUGGCACGGAUGAAGUUUAAAUUCUAGGGAGUUUCACCUAGAAAAUAAAUUUCAUCCUUCUAAAUUUUUGUGUUUGGCAUGUUUUGAAUAUAUUUCAUUUUUUCAAUA